AUUGUUUAGUAUCAAUGAAUAGGACGAAAUGGCCCUGUACGUUGGCCAGCACGAAGUCCGGAUAUGAACCCUCUGGACUUUUUGUAAUACUAAUAAUAAUAAUAACUAUUUUCCUUUAAGAUAUGCACAUACAUAGGAAUAGUCAAUUAAUCACUUAAAACUAAGACAACAAAAACUCAUUAAGAUCAUAAAAACAUCUAUCAGUUUUAAUCUAUAUUUAAAAGAUUUAAAAACUUGGAUUUGCCUAAUUUCCAUUGGUAAGUGGCUAAAAACUUUCAAACCUAAACAAUUAGGAGAAUUUAAGGAUAUUUUGUAUUUAUAGUACGGUAUAUGAUAAUCAUCUUUCUGCCGGGUAUUUAUUCCAUGAGUAGUACUUUUUGUUGGAAAAUUGUAACGAUUUAAAUACACAUAGGUACACAAUUCAAAAAUAAAAAUUCCUGUGAGUGUUGGCACUCCAUACUCCUUAAAUAAGCCUUUAUACGUAUGAUACCUCGGGACACUGGCUAUACAUUGUAACAUCUUUUUUUGAGCAAUAAAUACAUCUGGUGGUAGAGCAGAAUUGCCCCAGAAACACACACCGUACCUCAACCGGGAUACCACUUGGACAUUAUACAAAUUGAUAAGUUGUUCCUUACGAAGAAUUGGGUUUAAGCUUCUAAACAGAUAGCACAAAAAAUUUAAUUUUAAUAUUAGUUUAUUACAAUGUUCCUUCCAAUUUAAGCACGCAUCUAAUCUAAAGCCUAGAAAAGUUAUUGCAUUGUCGGUGUCUGACAAAGAGGUAUUGUGCAGUUUAAUAUUCAUUUUAGAAUAAUGUUUCUGAUAGUUAUGAAAUCUGAUAAUUGAUGUUUUAAUUUGUUUGGGGGUGUAUGAAACAAAACGUGUACUGAACCUAUUCCGAUGCAUUAGAUCUUCAACAGUGUAUUUUUGCUGCCGGUAAUGAAAUGCGAUAAAUGCCGGGAGUAUUUACACCUAUGCGGAUUAAUUUUGGCCGUCGUUUGAAAGCAUCUAUUGAUAACAGCACCGAAAUAAACUUCAUGCAGAGAAUUGAGGAACUCUUAACACUUACGAAUUUAUCCAACUGUUAUGUGAAGAAACUUAGUCAAAAUAUUAAUUUAUUCUAUGAAAUAAAAAGACAACAACAGAAAAAGGAAUUAUUAGAUGUAAUUGAUCAGCUUAAAAGUGAAUUAACUUUCAAAGAUCGUACUAUUAAAAAAUUACAUAAAGCAAAACAUAUAUUACAAGGUCAGCUACUAAAAAUUAAUGAAAAUUAUGAUAAAGAAAAAUUACAUUUGGAAAAUGUAUUAAACAAAGAAAAUUUGUCGAAUGAGAAUGUCUUAUUGCAGAAGAAACAAAUUGAGCAUUCGAAAUUUAAGAAUGAUGAAUCAAAAGAUAAUUUAAAACUAAACAAUUUACCAAUGCCCAAGGAAGAAGACAAGGUAACAUGUCAGCUACCACACUGUAGUAAAGACUGUACGGAAAAUAUGAAAUUAAUUGAAGACUUACUAAAUGAAAAUACGAUUUUAAAAAAAGAAAAUAAGAUACAAAAAGUUAUGUUACAAAAAUUGUUCUUAAUAUAUAAAAAUCUUUUAAGUAAGUUUGAGAAUUGCCAAAUUAAACUAAGCUUCCUGAAUUCUACAAUAAAUAAAGACUAUACUGAAGAACUAUUUAACAAUUUGUAUGGAGAUCAUCUGCUAGAAGUUGAAGUACAAAAGCAUACUGAUUAUAGCGAAGUAAGUUCAGAUGGUGUAACGGAAGAAAUAUUACAUCGAGUUCGAGCCAAACUGCAAACUUUAGAAGACGAAACUAAGGAAAUUGAAGACAAAUAUAAAAAUUUUCGUUAAAGUUAAUUUUGUAAUUGGGCAUUUUGUACAAUUAAGUAAUAUAAAUAUUUUGUUAUUAAUAUUACAACCAAUUUCACAAUUGUUAGCAAACUACUGCUUAAAAAUUUCUCAAGGUUAAUCAAAAUCAAAACAUAUCUGUUAUACAAUAUUUGGUUGGUUUAUACGGAUCAUCUUGAUGAUUUGCAAACCCUUGGUUUUUAAGGUGGAAAUUACAAAUAUGGCAGUUGUUUAAUUUAAAUUUGAUCUAUAGUCUCUAAAAUAUUAAUGAGUAAUUCUAAAAGAUUUUCAAAAUUCAAAAGAUUAAAGCUAUUUUUACAUUGAUAGAAGAGAGUAGUUAGCGCCCCUUAGAAGUGGCUGCAACACAGUUAUCAUAUUUGUAAUUGCCACCUUAAAAGGGUAUAGGUGUGCAAAUUUUCAAGGUACUCCGUGUACUGAAAAUAUUACGAAAAAUCGAAAAUAUUGUUAUGACCAAUGCACUUAAAAGAGAAAUAUUCAAAUAAGACAUUGACUUUAAUUAUACAGCGUGUUUCGCAUAAUAAUUGACGCAGAGCACGAGCAUGUAGGGGAACCCAAAAUAUGAUGAUUUAACACGA